AGGGACAAAAUAGCCACGGCAGUCCAGCGAAUUGAUCACGGAGGAGGAAGAAGAACAAAAGGAGGAGGAGAGGAGCCAUGUCAAAUGUUAUCCUAGAGAGCAUCUUUCUGAAACGCUCCCAGCAGAAGAAAAAGACUUCUCCACUGAAUUUCAAGAAGCGCCUCUUUCUGUUGACGGAAAGCAAGCUCUCUUAUUAUGAAUAUGACUUUGAGCGUGGGCGCAGAGGAAGUAAGAAGGGCUCUGUGGAUAUUGAGAAAAUCACCUGUGUGGAGAUUGUGGUUCCAGAAAACAACCCUCCCCCAGAACGACGGGCGCUGCGAAAAGAAGACGUCAAUGAGCAUGAGCAGAUUUCCAUCAUAGAACGGUUUCCGUAUCCCUUCCAAGUUGUAUACGACGAAGGACCCCUUUAUGUUUUCUCUCCCACUGAGGAAUUACGAAACCGCUGGAUUCAGCAACUGAAGAACAUGACCUACUAUAACAGCAACCUGGUGCAGAAGUAUCAUCCCUGCUUCUGGACAGACGGACAAUAUCUUUGUUGCUCCCAGACUGCAAAAAUGGCCAUGGGUUGCAAAGUUCUGGGAGGCAGGAGUCAAAGUUUCAAAAGUGGCCGUUCCCUUCAGAAGCCUGAGAAGCCGUUGCCCCCAACGCCAGAGGAGAACCAGAUCAUGAGGAAGCCACCGCCUCCCAAGCCAACCUCCAGCACUCUUCCAAAGACGAGGAAGGUGAUCGCUCUCUACGAUUAUACCCCCAUGAAUGACCAGGACUUGGAUCUACGGAAAGGGGAAGAAUACCUCAUUCUGGAGGAGAGCAGUGAGUCUUGGUGGAGAGCGCAAGACCAAAAUGGGAAACAAGGUUACAUCCCCUCCAAUUACGUCAGUGAAACAAGAGAUUCUCUGGAGAUAUUUGAGUGGUAUUUGAAAAACAUAACCAGAAGGCAAGCAGAAGAAUUGCUGAAGAAAGAGGGCAAAGAUGGCGGUUUCAUUGUUCGAGAUUCUGUCAGCAAGACGGGCAAAUACACCGUCUCUGUGUUUGCUAAGUCCUCUGGGGAAUCUCAAGGCACAAUCCGCCAUUAUGUGGUGUGCUCCACAUCUCAGAACAAGUAUUUCCUGGCCGAGAAGCACCACUUCAGCACUAUCCCUGAGCUCAUCAACUAUCAUCAGCACAACUCUGCAGGACUUAUCUCCCGAUUGAAGUAUCCUGUGUCAGCACAACAAAAACCUGCUCCUUCCACAGCAGGACUUGGAUAUGGGGCAUGGGAGAUAGACUUGAAAGAACUGACAUUUCUGAAGGAGCUGGGGGCAGGCCAGUUUGGGGUGGUGAAGCAUGGGAAGUGGAGAGGUCAGUACGACGUGGCGGUCAAGAUGAUCAAAGAAGGCUGCAUGUCAGAAGAUGCGUUUAUUGAUGAAGCCAAGGUCAUGAUGAAUCUUUCCCACGCAAACCUGGUGCAACUGUUUGGUGUUUGCACUAAAGAAAGACCGAUCUUGAUUAUCACAGAGUACCUGUCCAAAGGUUGCCUCUUGACCUAUCUGCGGGACAGCCGGCGAUCCUUCCAGGCCACCGAGCUUUUAGAAAUGUGCAAGGAUGUUUGCGAGGCCAUGGAAUACCUGGAAUCCAAACAGUUUCUACACAGAGACCUGGCUGCUCGCAACUGUUUGGUCAAUGAACAAGGUGUGGUCAAAGUCUCUGAUUUUGGUCUUUCCAGGUACGUCUUGGAUGAUGACUACAUCAGCUCCAUGGGAUCCAAAUUUCCGGUCCGGUGGUCUCCUCCAGAGGUUCUUCUGUAUAGCAAGUUCAGCAGCAAGUCGGACAUCUGGGCUUUUGGAGUUCUGAUGUGGGAGAUUUACAGCCUGGGGAAGAUGCCCUAUGAGAGGUUCACCAACAGCGAGACCACAGAGCAUGUCACCAAAGGGUUGCGUCUUUACCGUCCCCAGCUGGCCUCCGAGAGGGUCUACACCAUCAUGUACAGUUGUUGGCAUGAGAAGGCAGAAGAGCGUCCAAGUUUCCAAGUCCUCCUUGGACACAUUAUGGAUUUAGCAAAUGAAGAUUCCUGAUCACCCAUCCGUCACCAAAUAUCCAUUUCCCCCUGUGAGUUGUUGCCAAGGUCUUCAAUUUGCUGAAGAAUUGCUGAAUGGACACAGUGGAAAAAUCAGCAAGAAGGCAAUCACAACCAAAGUGAUUUGAUUGAUUGAGAACUGUCUUCAAGUCGCCUUCUACUCACCUUUGUGUUUGUCUCUAAAGCCAACUAAACAUAACAAGCCAGCAAGUACUGCUUAGGUGUUUUCCUAUCUAGCAGGACAAGGACCUGCUUGACCCCACUGCUGGGCUGAACCAUCAUCCCAUUCCUAAGUCAGCAGAAAAGAAGACCAGCAUGAAAAUUUCUGUCCCUGUUUCUGAUCCCUGACCCACUUCAACUAUCUCUGUUCCUCCUCACUUCAGUCCUCUGCCUUUCCUCCAAGAUCAUGGGUGGGAAACCCUCACAGAUUUUGUCUACCCUGAGAUUGCCCUUGGAAAAGAGGGAAAAUUCUGCUCUAGCAUCGGAUGGGAGAAAGGGACCUUGUUGGGAUGUAGCAGAAAAAGUUGUGGACUGUGAUUACAGGCAAAUGGCAGAGGCUUUGGUAUCUGAAUGCCUGGCUCUCUCCGAAUCGCUUGAAACGAGAUGAUGGGAUUGAACAAAUUUCUGAGAACACAGCCAUUCCAAAACAUCUUGUGCAAUGAUGGAUGAAAAUGGACAGAAAUGAUAGGAAAAUGAAUUGUAUUUCAUAAAGAGAAAAUAAACCCAUUGGCUUCACCA